GAAUUCACUUCUCAGCUGCGCGGUUAAUUCGAAUCAGUUAUUUUCUUCUUCUUGCUGCACAAGAGAUUCUCCCAGUUCUUUACUCCACGGGCACGCAUAAACAGAGACCUAUAUGUGCAUGUAUAUUCUCAUAAUUCAUCCGUAAACCCAGAAAUUUCUGUUGAGGGAUUUGAAUUAAUCGAAAGUAUAUUAUAGGUUAGUGAAGAUGAUGAUUAGGAUCCGAAGCCGGGAUGGGUUGGAGCGGGUCCGUAUCGACAACGCGCAAGCCACCGUCGGUCAACUCAGGUCUGCAAUCGAGUUGCAGCUCCGGGUUCCGACCCAUUCCCAAACCCUGUCAACUAAUCAAAAUCUUCUUUUGGCCAAAACCCUAGCUGAAAUAACCCGGUUCACUGACAUGUUGGAUCAUAAUACCCGGAUCUCGGCUCUUAACAUUGGGCAUGGAUCUGUAGUUUAUCUAGCUUAUGAGGGGGAACGGACGGUUACGGGGCCUGUGUUCAACCCGGCUGGGUCUUUCGGCAGGAAGAUGACCGUCGAUGAUUUGAUUGCGAAGCAGAUGCGAAUCACUCGACAGGAAAACCCGCAUUGUGAGCUUGUUUCGUUUGAUCGUGAUGCGGCGAAUGCUUUCCAGAAUUAUGUGAAUGAAACCCUUGCUUUUGCUGUAAAGCGGGGUGGGCUUAUGUACGGGACGGUCUCUCCAGAGGGGAAAGUGGAGGUGGAUUUUAUUUACGAGCCGCCCCAACAAGGUACGGAGGAAAAUUUAAUUCUUUUCCGCGAUCCAGAUGAGGAGAAGUUGGUUGAAGCAAUUGCAUUGGGGCUGGGGAUGAAGAGAGUGGGCUUCAUAUUCUCGCAGACAGUGAGUCAGGAUAAGAAGCACUAUACAAUGUCGAAUGCGGAGAUUUUACAAGCAGUGGAACUGCACACAGAAAGUGAUUUGAAGGAGUGGGUGACUGCUGUAGUGAAGCUGGAGGUGAACGAAGAUGGUGGAGCGGACGUGCAUUUUGAGGCGUUUCAGAUGAGUGAUAUGUGUGUUCGGCUGUUUAAAGAAGGGUGGUUUGAGAAGGAUAUCCGAGGGGAGGUGGACCCGAAGUUGUCCAGAAUGACAAAAGAUGUGGUGGUUGCAGGGAAGGAUACUAGAGAGGUUGACAACGACUUUUUCUUGGUUGUUGUCAAAAUAUUUGAUCACCAGGGGCCACUUUCAUCAACAUUUCCUAUUGAGAACAGGAAUGUCCCAGUACCAAUGCAGGCAUUGAAAACCCAUCUCGAUCGAACAAAGAGUCUCCCCUUCGUGAAGCGAAUUUCGGAUUUCCAUCUGCUGUUGUUGAUUGCCCGGUUUUUAGAUGUCAAUGCUGAUGUUCCUGCAUUGGCAGCAUGUGUACAGGCGCAGGCCACUAUACCAGAAGGAUUCCAGCUCCUGAUCGAAUCUAUAGCCAGUUCUUGAUGCAGGAUGUCGUGUAUUAUCUCUCACUUCACUCGAAAGGGAAGUCAGUUAUGAAUCUUGAACAUGGGCAAUAUGCUCUGGUAGAUUCACCUGUGUAACUAAAAUCGGAACACUGUAGUACUUCAAUUUAUUUGGGGUUAUGGUGUUGCUGUAUUCUGUAUUUAUUAUUAUUCAAUUACAUGCUUUGGUUAAGUCUUUGAGCCGAGUUCAUC